UCACACUUUAUAGAAUGGCAAGGACUUUUCGCCCUAGUCUCUCUUUGCGUUCUGUUGUAUCGCGAAAGUAUGACACUUUGCCUGCUGUUGUGAAGCAGAACCCGCCAGCUAACUCUUUGUUCGCAAAAUUGAUAGUGAAGCUAUAGUAAAUUGAAGGACACAGCUGCUGCUCCUACUACUACUACAACGCGACUCUUAUGUCGGCUGUCAAAACGUGACGUCCUUUCGCUUCGGCUUGCGCUCUUGAGGCUGCUCAGUUCUGGAAACCAGUGUUAAAUGGGAGUAUACAAUUACAGCUGGAUACAUCUGUCCUACGAAGCCUAUAAAUAACUAAACAAUAUGGAAACUCUGCGCUCUAAUAGCCUAUGUGUAUAAGCUAUGUUGCGUUGGUUUCAGACAAGAAACUAGUAACACGGAACGACAGCGGAAAGCCAGCCUUCUUCUUGUUACGUGGAGGAUUGUGUUCUUGCCUUAAUGGGAAGGCUACCUGGAUGUAUAAACAGCUGCCUACGAACUUGGGUCUGAAUAGGAGACAACACAAAGACACGGAUUCGUUGUGUGAAUCUUUAGGUUUCCUCAAUGACCACCACCAAGGCGGUGUGACCAAGCACGACCAAUCACCACCCCUGCCCCUUCCCUCCCUUCCUCCCUCCCUCUUCCCCUUCCCCAACGCUCCCUCUCCUCUCUCCCUGCUCUCUGAACCUCAACACUGGGACAUCCACUUGACCUCAGGGUGACCUCUAUGUGACCCGUGCGCGUCACCAUGCUGAUUAAGGAGUACCGCAUCCCCAUGCCCCUGAGCGUGGAGGAGUACCGCAUCGCCCAGCUCUACAUGAUCCAGAAGAAGAGUCGGGAUGAGAGCUGUGGCGAGGGCAGUGGGGUGGAGAUCAUGGAGAACCGGCCGUAUACGGACGGUCCGGGCGGCGCCGGGCAGUACACGCACAAGGUGUACCACAUCGGGCAGCACAUCCCCGGCUGGUUCCGCUCCAUCCUGCCCAAGGCUGCGCUGCGCGUGGAGGAGGAGUCCUGGAACGCCUACCCGUACACACGCACAAGGUAUACCUGUCCCUUUGUGGAGAAGUUCUCCAUCGACAUCGAGACGUUUUACAAGUCGGACACAGGGAAUCAGGCGGACGUCUUCAACCUGUCCCCUGCUGAGAGACGUCAGAGGACUCUGGACCCCAUAGACAUUGUGAAGGACCCGAUCCCUCCCCACGAAUACAAGACCAUGAGGCUCAUUCUGACUGGCCUGUCCUGGUCUCACUGUGCUAGGUCCAAAUUGGAGUUCCUCCCUUACUGGGGCAUGCAGUCCAAGAUCGAAUCGACGACAUCAUCCAAGAGCCCCGGCAUGGGUGAGUGUGUGGUCAGUUCCCGGGGCAUUCCAAGAUCGUCCAUUAUCCAUGUCUUUUGUGUGUGUCUGUGUGUGUGUGGCUUGCCCCAGCUCACUGUGCUAGGUCCAAAUUUGGUUUCCAAUGUGUGUGUGUGUGUGUGUGUCACAGGCCUGCGUAAGGUGAUGGUGCACGCCCACCGGCAGGCGUGGUGCUGGCAGGACGAGUGGUACGGCCUGACCAUGGAUGACAUCCGGCAGCUGGAGCUGGAGACACAGCUGGCGCUGGCGCAGCGCAUGGCCCAGUUCAGCUGCGGCGAGGAGGCCACUGAGGCCAACGGGGCGCCCGGCGCGCUGCCCGAGAAGGGCCAGGAGGCGCAGGAGGGGCUGGCCGACGACCACGACAGCGCGGCCGCCGCCACCGGCACGCUGCAGGCCCGCGGGGGCCUCACCAAGCAGUGGUCCACCUCCUCACGGUCCUCACGCUCGUCCAAGAGAGGAGUGAGUCCAUCACGUCAUAGCAUUUCAGAAUGGAGGAUGCAGAGCAUCGCUCGGGACUCGGAUGACAGCUCUGAUGAGGAGUUCUUUGAUGCCCAUGAGGACUUGUCUGAUAAUGAAGAGAUCUUCCCCAAAGAGAUCACCAAGUGGAACUCCAAUGAUCUCAUGGACAAGAUUGAGGCCACUGAUUCGGAGGAGACUGCUGGUGAACUGGGCGGAGACUAUGCCAGGGCAGCCAGUGAGGAGAGACUAGAGGAGAUGUGUGGCCACGCCUCCAUCCCCACUAUCUUGGUGACCAGGCACCUGUCAGAUGGUUCCUCCCAGCCUACUCUGCAGGUGUGCAGCACACACGUGUUGAUCCUGGUGUUGCAUGGCGGGAACAUCCUGGACUCUGGGGGCGGAGAGCCCAGCUCCAAGCAGGCCGACGUCAACACGCUGUCGUCAGCUUUCGACUCGGUGAUGCGCGUGCACUACCCCUCAGCACUGGGACACAUCGCCAUCCGCCUGGUGCCCUGCCCCGCCAUCUGCGCUGAGGCUUUCUCCCUGGUGUCCAAUCUGAGCCCCUACAGUUAUGACGAGGGCUGUCUGAGCAGCAGUCAGGACCACAUCCCCCUGGCGGCCCUCCCCCUCCUGGCCACUUCCUCUCCGCAGUACCAGGAAGCCGUGGCCACGGUCAUCACCAGAGCCAACCAGGUGUACGCUGACUUCAUCAGGUCCCUAGAUGGGGUGGCCUUCUCAGGACAGGUGUGUUUAAUAGGAGACUGUGUUGGGGGCAUCCUGGGCUUUGAUGCCUUGUGCAGCAGUUCUCAGACAGUCUGUGAGAGCCAGAACAGCAGUCGCCGUGGCAGCCUUGUCAGUGUACAGGACCCGGAGCUGCUCUCCCCAGGGAUUGUGAUAAACUGCGGUCCCCCGUCGCCCACUCUGUCUCUCGAGGGCAGCCGGCAGCUGAGUCGCAGCAACAUCGACAUCCCGCGAGCAGGGGGUGCCGAAGAGCCAACGCGACAGAGCCUUCGCAAGAGGAGCGACUCCUCCACCUAUGAGAUUGACACCAUCAAACACCACCAUGACUUCCUCACCAGUCUGCACAGCAGUGUGCUGCGUGCAGAGACAGGUUCCCGCAGGUCUAGUAACAGCACUAUGCUGGAGGGUGGGGCCCUGGGCAGGUUUGACUUUGACGUGGCCGACUUCUUCCUAUUUGGCUCCCCGCUGGGACUGGUGCUCGCUCUGCGCAAGACUGUCAUCCCAUCAUUAGAGGUGGCGCUGCUGCGUCCUGCCUGUCAGCAGGUGUAUAAUCUGUUCCACCCAGCCGACCCGUCUGCCUCGCGGGUGGAGCCUCUGCUGGAGAAGAAGUUCCACCUGCUGCCCCCCUUCAGCGUGCCGCGCUACCAGCGCUUCCCUUUGGGGGACGGCAACUCCGCUCUGCUAGCGGAUGUUGUUCAGUCUCAUGGUGGUGUCUUCGUGGACAGUUCGUCCCCCUCCUCCCCACUCACUGCACCCCUCUGUCGAGUUCACCGGAGGGGCAGUGAGGUCAGCAUGGCCAGCCAGGUUUCAGGGAUGGCAGACAGCUACACUGCCACCAACAUAGCUAACAUCGCUGCUCGCUGGUGGGGUAGCAAGAGGCUGGACUUUGCACUCUACUGCCCUGACGCACUCACCGCCUUCCCCACCAUCGCUCUGCCUCACCUCUUCCAUGCUUCCUAUUGGGAGUCCACAGAUGUGGUGUCCUUCCUGUUGCGCCAGGUGAUGCGUCACGAGAACGCCAGCAUCCUGGAGCUGGAUGGCAGGGAGGUGUCGGAGUUCACGCCCUCUAAACCGCGGGAGAAGUGGCAGCGCAAGCGCACCCACGUGAAGAUCAGGAAUGUGUCGGCUAACCACCGGGUGCACGACGCUGUGUUUGCUGAGGACGGCCAGCAGGUGGUGACAGGGCGCUUUAUGUACGGUCCUCUGGACAUGGUGACCCUGACCGGAGAAAAGGUGGAUGUACACAUUAUGACCCAACCCCCAGCGGGUGAGUGGGAGUACUACAGCACGGAGGUGACCAGCAGCAGUGGCCGCAUAUCUUACCCCAUCUCAGAGGACAAGAGACUGCGUGCCGGAGUCUAUCCUGUCAAGAUGGUCGUCAGGGGUGACCACACAUUUGCUGACAGCUAUCUGACAGUUCUUCCUCGAGGAACAGAGUUUGUGGUGUUCAGCAUUGAUGGUUCCUUCGCUGCCAGUGUGUCCAUCAUGGGCAGUGAUCCUAAGGUUCGGGCUGGAGCUGUGGAUGUGGUCAGGCACUGGCAGGAUCUGGGCUACCUGAUCAUCUAUGUGACGGGGCGGCCCGACAUGCAGAAGCAGCGCGUGGUGGCGUGGCUCUCCCAGCACAACUUCCCCCAUGGCAUCGUGUCCUUCUGCGACGGCCUGGUGCACGACCCACUGCGCCACAAAGCCAACUUCCUCAAGACGCUCAUCAGUGAGACACACAUGAAGAUCUGUGCUGGCUACGGUUCCACUAAAGACAUCUCAGUGUACAGUGCCAUCGGCCUCACUCCCUCACAGAUCUACAUCGUGGGCCGGCCAUCCAAAAAGAUGCAACACCAGUGCCAGUUCAUCUCAGAUGGCUAUGCGUCCCACCUGUCUCAGCUGGAGAGCUCGCACCGCGCUCGGCCGGCCAAGUCCACCAGCUCCCGCAUGGUCCUGCGCAAGCCCAGCUUCGGCCUGGGCGCCAGCGGCGAGUUCCUGCGCAAGAGUAACCACCUGCUGCGCACCAUCUCCUCCCAGCCCGGGACCAGCGGCACCGCCAGCACUGGCGGUCAGGGUCAGGGCCAGGGCCACGGGCGGCCCGAGCGCACCAAGAGCCAGUCGGACAGCCACCACGAGCGGGCGGAGCGGGUGGAGCGGGCGCAGGCGCAGCGCAGCAUGAGUCUGGCCGCCGGCUGCUGGGGACGCAGCGGCAGCGGCAAGCAGGACAAGCUGGACCCCACCGCCUUCCACCCCAAGAACUAGAGGGAGAGAGAGAGAGAGAGAGAGAGAGAGAGAAGAGGGAGAGAGAGGGAGAGAGAGAGGGGAGAGAGAGGGAGAGAGAGGGAGAGAGAGAGAAAGAGAGGGAUAGAGAAAGAGAGGGAGAGAGAGAGAAGAGGGAGAGAGGGAAAGUGAGAGAGGGAGAGGGAGGGGUAGAGAGAAAGAGAGCGUGAGAAGCUGUAAUGAAAAGAAGUGUGCCGAGUGAGAUGUGAGGGGGAAAAGGAACAGGACCAUGAGGCAAUGACUGGUCAUGAGACGCUCUGUGCUGCUUGUAGACUCUCCAGACAGCUGUUGCCUGCAUCAUCACAUCCUCAUCCAUCCACACCACCACAAGUCUCUCUCUCACGAGAAGCCAAUGAGACGUUAAAGUGGCUCCAGCACAAAGCUCACGAGACAUCACAGACCGCCAGGUCAUGGGAGAAACCACAUUUGAACUCCAUCUCAUUAGUUGCACUUAGUCAAAUUAGAUAGCCGUGACUGCUCCUCGUGAAAGGAAAUUGCUAAAUGCCUUUAGGCCUUGUCCUUUGUAAGGUUUGAGGUCACUGAAAUCGCAUUCCACAUGUCAGUCAGCACUCCGGGACAACGUGGACCACUGGAUGCUCCGCAGCAUCAGAGACACACUUCUGAGUGGGAAACGGUCCUUACAGCACACAGUUACAGACUGAGACAUGCUCAUAUGUCUGACCUCUUCAUGUCUGUUGCACAAGUUCAUAGGACACCAUUUUAUUUCCACUGUCCACAAUGUGUGUCCACGUGUGUCCUGUAUGCAUCUGUGCGGUUUCUUCCUUUUAAGUCUGUGUGUGCACACUCCUGUGGAUCUUGAGUGUGUGUCUGUACGUGUGUGUGUGUUCUUUGUUGGUAAGAUUUGUGCGUAUGAAUGAGUGCCUGUUUGUCAAGUGUCUCCAGGGUAAAAAUGUCUGUGCAUUUGCAACAUGGCAGGUGAUUGACUUGAUGAGGUUCAUUCAGCUCUGCCAUGUCCAUCCUGGUCAGCAGAGAAAAGUAUGACAGUCUCUAGAAGACAAUUCAGCAAGGCUCAGAGGCUGUGAGUUGUUUAAAAGGGUCUGUAUAUUUAUGACUAGAGUGUGUGAAUAUAACUGUAUAGAUCUUUACUCAUAGGACAAUAGACCAGGAGGCCAUACUGUACUGUCCUGGGGCUGAGAUGCAGUCACAUCCCAUUGACGCCUUCUAAGACUCAUUACUUGAACUGUCUUCUUGGCUCAGUAGGUUUGCUUUUUGACGAGGUGUACAUCUCCUUACGCUGUCAGUAGUGGCAAUACACCACGGGUCCGAUUUGCCAAAGCUUUUAGCGUGUGCUGAGAAUUAUAGUAAAUAUUAUGAACAAGCGUAAGCGUAUUGACCAUGUUAAAAUUCUUUGGCAAAUGUUUUCAAAUUUCUGUAUUGUAUGGAUAUUAUGCCUUGUACAAUAUUCUUUUGUAUUAUUAUUGCUGUUGUUUUUAAAGGCAAUUGUGCCUAGACAGUAUUGCCAAUUGUCAUUGCUGGUAGUGUGUGCUCACACAAAAUGCAACAAUUCUGUUGUGGAUUUGGACAUAUUUAGAUAUGUUUAUUAUUAUUAUUAUUAUUAUUAUUAUUAUUAUUAUUAUUGUUAUGUUUUACACCCUACGUGGUCCCUACUGAGAUUCAUAACUUUGGGUCUCCUUACAAGGUUAAAGCUAAACGUAUACAUAUACAUAUACUGAACAGCACCAUCAUGUAGAUACUGUAAAGAGUGUGAAAAUGUUAACCAAAGCUUAGGAGUGGAGAACUGCAAUUUAUUUAUUGAUGUAGAUUUUUAAGGCCACAGGACUUUGGGACAGGUUUCUAUGAUUAUGUGACGUUACUUCAUACUUCCUCGUCCGACCUUCAGCACGAAUGUCCACAAGGAGCUGCUGAGUAUACUGACCCAGUCCAGGCUCCCACCACAUGAUGCCUCCCUGACACACACCUUCACACACUUGUCAAACAGGGCCAGGGACAGACCACUAAAGUCCUCCAGUUUCACAAGGGGGCGCUUAUUUAAAAAAUAACCCCUUGUCUGAUGAAGCCAGUGUGAGACACUUGAAUGCUAGAAUAUUCCUUACAGCGCCCCCUUGUGCCUUUCUAAUGGGUAAGAUUUGAAGUUUUAGGACGUACAGUAUUUAAAUAGAACCGCCUUUGGGGAAGCUGAGUUGCAGGCGAAGCAGUCGGCCCCCCUUCUUUUAGCCCUCGCUGGACAAAGACUACCUCUGCCCACGUCACAGCACCCCCUGGUCCAGCCUCUCCUCUAGGAGCGAGCUGCCCCCAUCUGACGGCCUGUUGUCUGCACUGAACCCUAACAAGGCUGGGAUGCUUUUAGUCAUCCACAUAUCA